AUGGAUUUUGCACGGCAUGCCCACUUUGAGGCCCUCACUCUGUGGGCCGGCAUUGGCAGCCACCUGGAUGAGGAGCUCCGCUUUACAUCGCCGCCUCCAAGUACGGUGGUGAGCAAAGGAGCCAAGCUUUUGUCUGCGCGUCAUGUCGAUUUGCUUACCAAGGCCGAUCUCUGCAAGGUUCCUGUAAGCACCAAGAGGAUAUGGAUGCGGAUCGCUGAUCCCACUUCUUCGCGGAGGAAGCUUUGUCAGGACAGCGUGGCUGUUCUCCGCUUCUUUCAGCACCUGAGCUCUGUCGAGUGGCGUCCUCGCCCACUUCGGCCACCUGCCUUGGUAGCUAUGGAAACUGCGGCAGACGCCUUUGGCAAGGGUAACCAAUGCGGGGUAGGAGGCUGGCUCAAGUUCCCCAGUGGUCGCAUGGUAUGGUUUUCUCAGCUUUUUGAUGUGCAGCAGUUCACAGCUUCGGGCAUACCUGUGCAAAAUGAUGCCAACCUUGAUAUCUCCAGCUACGAGACCUUGGCACAGUGCUUUGUUUUGCUUGCUUUCUGGAAGUUCUCAGGCGCCGGCCGCUUGGCUUUAAAACUUCCAGCCCUCAGUGACAACAGUGGGGCCGAAGCGGUGUGCAACAAGCUGUACACCUCUAAAACCCCUUUGAGCCUUUUCGUGCGCAAGCUUUGCAUGUGGAGCUCUCUUUCGGGCAUCACACUGGAUUGCAGCCACAUCGCUGGCGAGAAGAAUGACGACGCCGACUUUCUUUCCAGAUGGGAUGGCAAAAACGCCACUUUGCCAGCACGAUUCAGGCAUGAGGACAG